GCCCGGCGCCGUCGUGGGGGACAUGGGGUUUAAUGGCAGUCCUGGCCCAUCUCAUCAAUCCAGUCUUGAGCAGAUGAACCUCAAAGAAGAAAUAGUAGUGAAGGUGGUGGAGCCAGAAGAAAGCUCUGAGGACAUGGUAGCAGUUCCACCUAGUCAAGAACAACUGCCUUUUCUGGGGACAUCAGGUGGUGGUUCCUCUGGGAAAGUAAAAGCCAAAACAAAAGGCAGGUCCCAGGCAGACCAAAAUGAAAUGACUGAAGAGGACCUACUGCAGAUUCAGCAGACCCAAAUACAGGUGAUCCAGUCUGGCUUUGACAGUGUCAACCACAAUCUUCAGUUGCUGCAGCAAGGCAUGCAAGAUCUGAGUAACAGCAUCAGCAUCAUGGCACAUACACUUGUUGCUAUCAAGAACGUCUAUGUGAAAAACAACACUGGCCCAACCACACAUGCUACUGCAUCUACUCAGACCACAGCUGGGUACCUGAGCCCAGGAUCCCCCCAGCUCUCCCCUGCUAAGGACAGAGCUAGAGCACAGGUGGCUGGAAGCAGCAGCAGAAGCAGCAGCUGCAGCUCCAGCUCCAUGUCACAAGAACCAGGUCCUUCUGAGUUUCCUAGGCCCCCCCUGAGAACCAUUAAGAAAGAACAUCCAAAUGGCUGCUACUACUUCUGCUUUGCAGAUGUGUGAAAACUUGAGUAUACAUAAAAAGAUUUUGUUGUUGGGUGCUGAUGUAUGUUCUGCUCUGGCCUGUGACUUUGAAAGGAGCGAAGUGGACUUGCCUCCCAUGUUUUUCCCAGUGGGAAACAUUCUGCUAUAGGUGGCAUUAAACACUAAUUACCAGUAUCCAGUUAACUCUGUUGCAGUUGGCUAAUAAAUGUCUUUUCUUUAUCCUCUUACUCUCUUAAAAACCAAACAUUUAUUUUGACCAAGAUUUUUGUCUGUAUCAUCCCUUGUUUAAUGUCACCUUGUGAAAAAUAAAAGGCAUGAGAGUGAGGUAAAAAAGUAACAUUAUGGUUACUACCACCACUACAUUAUGGCUCCUACCAUCAGGAGUUAUCUUACACAAGUUACUUGGUUCUUGGAUUAAACAAACCUCAGAAAUAGCUGGUUUUUUCAGUACUUCCCUUUUCUAAUAGUUAUAAUGUUGGGGGUGUUUGCUUGGUUGUUGUUGAAUUUUUUUAAGUCUGAGCUGUUCAAGGCAUUACAGGAGGAGUUGGAGAUAAUUGCUUAUUCUAGGAAUGGUCUAGGACUGAGGCAUUCUGAGGCAUUCAUGAGUGUCCUCCUCAGAAUUCACUGUUGUUUAUUCCCAGCUUGUCAAAUGCACCUUCUCUUCAGAGACAUUGUGUUUAUUGCACUGACAGGGUAGUCUCUUUUUUUAUCACAUGGUUAAAGCAGAGAAGUACAGAAGAAUGAGGAAUGGAUGAGUGAUGCCUGUUUCUGACAUAGGUUAUAUACAGGCUGUAUCUUCAUCUCAUUUUGUAAGUCUUACAGAAUCAGUACCACAGUAUUUUAAAUACAGAGAACAAAAAGCUUUGUAUUGUUUUACAUGAUAUGGAAGUUAGAUUUGCUGUUGAAUUACAGGAGGCCAGGGCUCACUUCAUUCCAGACAAAUGCUCCUGCAUAGGUUAGGAAGCUUUCAUUAUCAUUUCCUUCCUUGUAACUAUAACCAAAGAAGAAGAAAGAUGAGAAGCAAAAUGUAACCUGGUGUCAAACUGAAACAAGCGAAACUCAUUUUAUCUUCAUGCCAAAAAGAAACACCAUUUCGCAUUUAGAUAAGGAAAACUACUGUCACUGGCACUAUUUUGUGUUUCAGGCUUGUACAUUAAAGCCACUCUACUUUGCACAAUUCAGAGGCAGCAGAGUGCAAUGUUCUUAUAUCUGGUGUCUGUACCAGAGGGCAAACAAAAACAUUCUCCCCUGAAAUUUUGUCCAAUGACUUGAAAAAUCAUACAGGUUCUCUUCUUAAGCAUUUAUCAGCAACAUUUAAAAAAGUUCUACAGAUAACAGAUUGCCUAUAGCAAUGACUAGCUGCCUCUAGUCAAUUUGCACAAGCAAAUUCUUCUUCAGGAGGAAGAAUUCUGCAAGAUUUUAGCAAAUCCUGCAGGAAUAUAGAAAAUACAAUUAUCAUCGAGAAUCACAAUUUAAUUCCUCUCCUAGAGGCCUAAGAAUAUGUAAUAGCAUAAGUUAUGCCACUUUUGGAGUCAGCUUUGACUGAACACCACUGUAUGAAAACAUAAUUUCUGCCCUUACACCAUUUUGAUGUACUGAAUUAACUCACCUGCACUUCAAAAACUGCUGCCUACUAAAAUGUGAAUACAGGGUAAUCAGUUGUUAGUGUUUCCCAUCAGUAUCACAGAUGGAGUAAAAUACGCAAAUAUCUCACAAAAAUUAAAUGUAUGCAUGUACAGCACAAUGUUAAUUGGUAUUAAUGCCUUGAAGAAGACAAAGUUCUCUUUUCCAAGUUCACCUUAAAAAAAGAUGGUACGGGUGAUAGGUAUUAAGAAAUUGCUGAGUUUAAGAAUGGCGAAUAAUUGAUCCUUCUAAAUUAGAAUUUUGUGUCUAUGUUGUUGAAAGCUUUCCAAAUUAACCUGUUGGAAGCAUUAUUUCCCUCCCAUCAGCACAGAUGGACUCUUGCACAGUUUUCUGUAUUUUGUUUUCAAGGACAAAGAAGCUAAUUCAUGCUACCAUGACAUUCUAGGUAGAAUAGCAAAUACAAUCUACCUGGUCCUUCUGGGCAGCAGUAUGAGCUUGUUCAGGUUGCAGCUGGAAGUUCUUACCUGUCUUUCUUUUGAUGUUUCAAUUCUUUUUUGCAGCUGUUAAUUCUUGAAUUUCACGUACUACAGCAUUUCUUGGGAGAAUUGACUUGUGUCUGCUUUCUCAUGUUUCAGUACUGAUUUACGUGAGAGGCAGCUACUGUGUGAGUAGAGAAGUGCAGCAGGAUCCUGUGAGCAGAAUGGGCAGUGUAUGAAUGAAGACAAGCCAGGCAAUGCUAAAUGACAUUGUGGUGGUCAGACAAGAACCAGACCUCAACAUCAGUCUACCACAGCAUGUUUGUUCUGAUUUUGUUUCUUCCACUGUGUUUCAGUUGUACCACUAAAAUAUACUGAAGCCAGAUCAAAAUCACUCUUCCACUUCUGAUACAUUCUAGAUUUACAUAUUUUAAGCAAAGAAAGAAACUGAGCUACCUCUCAUUACUACAGAGUGGGCAAAAUUGUUAUUUUCAUCUUCCAGUUAAUACAGUUGGUUGCUAUUUCUUUACACACCCUUUCUGUCAUCAAAUGAUGGUUGUAUUGGGAGCACUUAAAUCACAUGCACCAUCCAGAAGCCAUUCCAUUAAGUUUCUGGCUCCUCUGACCAGAAAGUGAAACAUAAUUUUCUUGGACUGUUACUGAGUAAAUGAAUUCCCAAUUUGUUUCCUCUCCUGUGAAGCUGCCUAGGCUAUUUGUAUUAAUGGCAAGAACUAAUGACCUGGUCAUAAAGCUUACUGAAAAUACUGCCAAUGAUUUGAACAGAGGCAGAGCUGGCUUUAAAUUUGCCUGAAUGGAUGGCAUAACAGAGGUAAUACUGAAAAAAAAAUCCAGGUAAUUUUCUGGAAUCUUCUGGACUUCCCUAAAAAACUUGUCCCACUGUGCAAAGUGCAGACUGUUUUCUGGUAGCAUAAGACUAAGAUAUUCAGGCACACAAACCACAAAUAUAAAUUGUGAUGAUUUUUACACUCUACUUAUGCUUAGUGUUACUAGAAAGAGAAGUAAAAGGGUCUUGGAAGAAACUAGAGCAACACUAACAUUGUAUCCUCACACUGCAUUUUCCCUAGAGCACUCAGAUUCAGUAACAACUUCCAUUCAUUCAUUUCUCUGCUAUUUGCUGCUUAAGUUAUUGCACAGAGGGAGACAAGUCUCCUCAAGACACUGUAAAAGCUCAGUGACUACAUCCAGACAGCUGAUUAUCCCCAAAAGAGGCCAAUUAUAAUAGUGACCUCUGACUAAAUAAAAAACUACAGAUUUGAAGGGAAAAAUGCUGUCAGCAGCUGGCUUUUCAGGACCACCAUAUUGUUACUUAAAUUGACCUGAUCUGCUGUGCCAAUCAUUUAUUGUUUAGAUGAAUACAGACAGAAGGGGUAAGAACAAAUUGAAAGUUUUCUGAGGGGGCCCAUUUGGAUUUUUCUGUUAUUAAUAUACAACACGUGAACCUACUAAAUCAGUUUAACUUCCAUUGACUCAAUCACUUCAAUUUGCAAUAUGGACAUGUGAUCCAUGUUGCAGUAGUACCAAUACAUGCUUGCUUUUUACUUUCUUGAAACAGAGAAAAAAAUAAUCAAUGCCAAAGCACUUUAUCCAUUUAAAUUACAGGGUUACAAUAGUAAAGAACACUGAAAAACAUUUCAGCCAAAGCUUUAUAAGUUAAUGAAUCAUUAUUCAAACACAAUCAAGAAUUGAAGUUUUGCAUGCUGAAUGAAUAUUUUAUUUAGAACCAGUUUAUAAAAAUAAAAUACAAAAUAAUUUGAAAACAAAACUUAAACAUUGUACAAAGCCUUGAUAUGGUACAAAUGAGAAAAUAAAUAAUUACAACUUUAUGUACAAAUGACCAUUACAAGGGCAUUAACUCUUUAUGCUCUUGAGUGCCUGAGCAAACUUAAAUGAAAAGAAUGGCUUAGAAGAUUUCCAAGGAGGGGAAGAGAACUGCAAUUACUGAGCAAGAGAAUUUGAAGGACUCAACAUUUGUCUUCCUCAAUGGUAAAAAACAAUCUUGGAACUACUUUCCACUUAAUUUAAUCAUGCUGCAGCUUUACUAUUGAGUACUUGAUUUCUUAUGGGGUGACAGCAAUGUAUUUUUAAUUAAUUCACAAUUUCAUUCUUUGUGGUAUUUCCCAGAGAUUUUAGAUUAGCAGCCAUUGAUUGGCCACUUCAAAAAGUCAGUACUUGUCUGAAGGCAUUGCUGGUGAUUUCCUUAAUUUACUAGUUUGGAUAUUCAUAGGAACGCAUUUGAAAACUGGCAUCUCUUAGCACAAGCACUCAACUUGAGUCUGGGCUGACUCUAGAGAAAGAAAGUUAAAAGUUUGGGAAGAAUUUCCAAUCUUGCUUUCUAUGCAAUGAAAGUAAAAAGGAUGCAGAGAAUGCUGCUUGGCAACAAAUCCAGAUCUCCAGUCAGAGGAAACAGAUGUGAAAUUGCCAAAAAAAUCCAAAAAUCCUACUCCACUUUGUGUCCAACCUGUAUGACGUUGCCUGCCAUGCAGCGGAUAAUGGUUUUAAAAGGAUCUGAAGCCAGGCAGACCAAACUAAUUACACUGCAUCUCUUGGAGCAAGCUGUUCUGCUGUUACCAUAGGCCCUUUACAUAAAAGGUCAAAGGUCAAGUGAUCUCAAAACAAACAUCAAAUUUAUUCCAGCUGAAUUCCUACAGACACAUGUGGAUGAUCAGGACCUUACAUGAUUAGCCCACUUGUGGUGUUGUUUUGAAAGAAACCACAUUAUACUCUUGGCCAAAGCUUGAGAAAGAAUGUAUUAUCAUCAGUGGAGAGUAAAAUCAGCCUACCUUUGCAAACCUGUAUGGCAAGAGUCAUUGCAAAGUUAAUACAUCAGUCUUUGAAACAAUGGACUCCUGUACAUUUUUACUUAGAAAACCCAACCAAGCAAAAAGCCCUCUUGAAAGACACAUAUUUAAAAGCCUGAUUAUUUAAACCACAGGAAAACAAGUGAUAAAAACUUUUUGGCAUUUGACGGUAUCUUAAGAUAAUUCCUGACAAUUAUUAUAUAAUCCAGGCUGACUUUAUGUAAUUUCUCUUUCACAAAUAUUAUGUGUAGGGAAGACUGGCUUCAAGCAGACAGGUGAGGUAUUCUUAUAUGAGGUGCAUGUUUAUGCAAUUUGAUUAGCUAAGAAAUGCAUGACCUAUGCCAGUGUAUUGCAUGUAGUCAAAACAUUGAACCUCACUCCCUUUUACCAGCACUCCUGGUAACCAAAAAUUGUACUGAUUACAACCAAAGACAUUUGAGCCAAAAGCGAAACAGCAAAGAAACCCCAUCAGUUCACUGCCUACUUGAUUAGCUAAAAGGAGUUGAAUAAAAAUAUUAUGUCCUUUUCUAUAAAUUUCAGAAAGAGGAAUCAUAGAAUCAUCAAGGUUGGAAAACACCCCCAAGAUCCAAGUUCAACUGCUAACCUAGCAUUGCCAUGCUCACCAUCCAACGAAUACCCAAAGCUUUUACCAGUUGAAGAGAGGAAUCAUGGAUAAACAUCAAGGCCUUUAUCCAGCCAACAGUUCUCUGACCAUUCCCAAAAGUGGGAAAGCAUACAGAGAACGCACCACAGGAAUCUUGGUGUUUACCUAAGCAGACCCUGACUCACUAAAAUGACAAGACAGACAUGGCUCUUGUCACCUCACAACAUCAGUCCUGCAUGAAAAAAUCCACAUAUUAUAGGCCUUAUAAUGAGAAAGACUUUAACUCUGAGCUCUCUUUCAUUUUCCUAUUCCUUUUCAGAAGACUACUCUCUCAUUUAAGAUAUAUAUAAAAAUUGGAGGCACAUAUAAUUUGUUUUCCAUUAGGCCCUUUUAAGAAAUUGGAAUAAUCACAUUCUUCUUACCAGAAUUUACGCGUCUUAGUGUUCCAUAAAAAUGUUCAAUUCAUUACGGAAAAGUUCUGUUUACAGGAAAUAGACAGUACUGUAAAUCUGGCUUUAUCUACAUUCUCAUCAAAGAGAAAAAGAAAAAAAAUAUUUAGAAGCAUUACAGUCAACCAUUGCAUAAAUGUUACUGCAAUAAGAAGGACUUAUAGGAGUUUUGCCCAAGUAGGACUAUAGGAUCAGGCCUUGUAAUAUGAAAAA